ACAACCAAAAAUCCCGUCGUCCGUGCGUGAGCGAAAGCCAUCGGAAUAGUGACAAAAUUAAAAACCGUAAAUUUUCGGGUAAAACUCCUUGCGCUGUUUUGAACCGUAUCUCACCGGGAAGAGCGUUUGUUCCGGCAUCUGGGGAACCUGGAAUAUUAGCCCAAAGGCAUUAUAAAACCAGAAGCAGUCAUGAGUAAGAAAGCGCCUGCUAAGAACGAGGGACCAGUCGAGCAAGAAGGAGAAUUCUCCGUUGAAAAAAUUCUUGAUAGGCGAGUGGUCAACGGAAAGGUUGAGUACUAUUUAAAAUGGAAGGGAUAUUCCUCCAGUGAUAACACAUGGGAACCAGAGGAGAAUUUAGACUGUCCAGAUCUGAUCCAAGCCUACGAGGAAACGAGAAAGAAGAAAGAAAAGGAAGCCAAAGAGGAAGGAUCAAGCAAAAAAGGUCGCAAAUCUACAACAGACGAUAAAGCACCCGCUGCCAAGAGAAAGUCCACCGGUGGAGAAGAUAAGAAAAUUGGCUUCGAUCGGGGCCUGGAACCAGAGGAAAUUCUGGGCGCCACUGAUCAUAACGGACAACUUAUGUUUUUGAUGAAAUGGAAGGAUGCAGCCAACGCGGAUCUCGUACCGGCAAAGCAAGCCAACGUCAAGUGUCCGCAGGUUGUAAUCAAGUUCUAUGAAUCGCGCCUGACCUGGCAGACGUCCGAGAAAAAGAACGAUGCAAAAGACGACUACGCCUAAAUACAAGUAUCAAAUAUUAAAUAGAUACUGCUUAAUGGUAAGAAUAUCGAUAAUGUGAAUCUACUUUAAGUAUCCCGUCGUUUCCCUGCCCACUUACAAAACAGACAGAUUCGAGCGAAUUUCAAAUUUUUUUCUCUCGGUACCUUAGUAACAAAACAUCUGAUUUUACACAAACUGUUUUUUUUUUUCAUUUUUUUUUUUCAAAUAUAAUGUAGCACAGCAUUCUUACCUCGAAAAUUAUGAAUUUUGUUGUUUUAGAUUAUCUGAGUCAUUUAAGUUUGUUAUUUUUUUCAUACAAAGCUACAAAAUGUGCAGUUUCUUUUAAAGCAAGAAUAUCUAUAACUUUCGCUUUUAUUACCAGGUAAAUAAGCUCGUAUCAGUGUGGGAUAAUGCGUUUUACUUUAAAAUUGAACGAAUAAAACAAAAUGUGUAAAGCGACAAAGGCAGACGCGAUUGUAUUCGUCUAUGUGGAGAAAGCAAACCUGGAUUAUGUGUAAGAAAGUGAACAUUUAACUACUAAUAUUCAAUAAAAUCCUAAAUAUAUAA